UUCCAAUAUAGCAGAACAUGAUUUAAAAAUACCUCUUUGGAACUUAGCUUAUAAACAAAUGCAACUUUAAAAACUGUGAGUUAAAUCUGAAACAUACUGGCAAGAGUAGCAUGGAUGCUAUCAUAUUCAAGGCCUUUAGAGGCAGGCUAGCAUAGUUUGCAGGCUAGCAUAGUUGACACGCCAUUGGACCUAUUUAUAGAGCUGACUCCUUUUUGCAAUGUCAACUGUAACAUUAUACUUAUUUUAAGCCUCAGUGUCUCAAAUGUCAGCCUCUACUAGUGGAACAGUUCUCUCUUAUUUGAUAUCAGAGAGCCCAAUGGAGCCUUCUGAAGUACCUAGUCAGAUUAGUAAAGAUAAUUUUUUAGAAGUUCCUAAUUUAUCUGACUCUCUUUGUGAAGAUGAAGAAGUUACUUUCAAACCUGGUUUCUCCCCUCAACCGAGCAGACGAGGUUCUGAUUCUUCUGAAGACAUAUACCUGGAUACCCCAUCUUCAGGUACUAGAAGAGUUUCAUUUGCUGAUUCCUUUGGAUUCAAUCUCGUGUCUGUUAAAGAAUUUGAUUGCUGGGAAUUACCGAGUGCUUCAACCACUUUUGACUUAGGGACGGACAUUUUCCACACAGAAGAAUAUGUUUUAGCCCCACUGUUUGACCUGCCUUCUUCAAAAGAAGAUCUUAUGCAACAACUCCAAGUACAGAAAGCAAUACUGGAGUCAACUGAGUCUCUUCCUGGGUCUACAAGUAUCAAGGGUAUUAUUCGAGUUUUGAAUGUUUCUUUUGAGAAGUUAGUAUAUGUACGAAUGUCUUUAGAUGACUGGCAGACACAUUAUGACAUUUUAGCAGAAUAUGUUCCUAAUUCAUGUGAUGGUGAAACUGACCAGUUCUCCUUUAAGAUUUCAUUGGUUCCUCCUUAUCAAAAAGAUGGCAGUAAAGUUGAGUUUUGUAUACGUUAUGAAACUUCUGUUGGUACAUUUUGGUCAAAUAAUAAUGGCACAAAUUAUACAUUCAUUUGUCAAAAGAAAGAACAAGAGCCAGAGCCUGUAAAACCAUGGAAAGAAGUUCCUAACAGACAAAUAAAAGGCUGCUUAAAGGUAAAAUCAAGUAAAGAAGAAUCAUCAGUAACAUCAGAAGAAAAUAACUUUGAGAAUCCAAAGAAUACAGAUACCUCUAUCCCUACAAUCGUUUAUUCUCAUGAGGACAAGGAAGAUUUGGAAACCAGUAAUCAAAAUGUAAAAGAUGUAAACAGGGAACAUGAUGAACAUAAUGAAAAAGAAUUAGAGUUGAUGAUAAAUCAACACUUAAUAAGAAACAGAAGUACUGCUUCCAGAGAUGAAAGGAAUACAUUUUCAACAGAUCCGGUCAAUUUUCCAAAUAAAGCAGAGGGUUUAGAGAAGAAGCAAAUCCAUGGUGAAAUGUGCACUGACUUGUUCCAAAGGUCUCUGUCUCCAAGUUCAUCGGCAGAAAGCUCCAUAAAGGGAGAUUUUUACUGCAAUGAAAAAUAUUCCUCAGGAAAUGACUGUACACAUCAACCUUUAGAGGAAAUUACUUCAAAUAUGGGAGAAAUCAGGCCAUCAUUGGGAGAUACUAGUAGUGAUGAACUAGUGCAAUUACACACUGGCAGCAAAGAAGUUCUGGAUGAUAAUGCUAAUCCAGCCCGUGGCAAUGGCACAAAGCAAAUACCUUGCCCCUCUUCAGAUCAACUAAUGGCAGGAAACCUUAAUACAAAGCAUGAAGGAGGAGCUAAAAAAAUUGAAACAAAAGAUUGGGGGUGUUUAAGAAGAGAUAUCCAUUCAGAUAUAUCUGCACAUCUCGACAAAUCUUCUAAAGAAGAUUAUGGCAAUGGUAAGGAUGAUGAAGAACAAAGAAUAUAUUUAGGCGUUAAUGAAAAACAAAGAAAAAAUUUCCAAACAAUCUUACAUGACCAAGAAAGGAAGGUGGACAACCCUAAAAUAAGUGUGGAAGGGAUUGGAGCUAGUAACAGAGACCUGACUGCUCUGCUGAGCGAAGAUACCACAAUCCCCACCCGGGCAAUCACAGCAGACAUGUCUCAUUCACCAAGGACAAAUGUAAGUUGGGAAGAAGCUGUGUUAACCCCAGAGCAUCAUCAUUUGACCAAUGAAGGCAGCGCUUCAGAAGGGAUAACUGGUCAAGUUUGUUCACCAAGAACUGGAAAUGUUUUGAGGAAUGAUUAUCUGUUCCAAGUUGAAGAAAAAUCAGGUGGGAUUGAUUCUGAAGAUCAGGAUAAUAGUACACGGCAUAAACAAAGUUGGAAUGUUCUGGAAAGUCAGGGAAAAGCAAGAGAGAAUAAGACAAACAUAACAGAGCAUAUCAAAGAACAAACAGAUUGUGAAGACGUGUGCGAAAAAAGAGAUAAUACGAGGAGUUUGAAAGCUACUACGGAAGAAUUGUUUACCUGCCAAGAAACAAUGUGCUGUGAACUGUCUUCUCUAGCUGAUCAUGGUAUUACUGAGAAAGCAGAAGCAGGUACAGCCUAUAUAAUUAAGACAACAUCAGAAAGUACUCCAGAAAGCAUGUCUGCUAGAGAAAAAGCAGUAAUUGCUAAGCUACCUCAAGAGACAGCACGAAGUGACAGGCCCAUCGAGGUAAAGGAAACAGCGUUUGAUCCACAUGAAGGGAGAAAUGAUGAUUCACAUUAUACCCUUUGUCAACGAGAUACAGUAGGUGUAAUCUAUGACAAUGAUUUUGAAAAGGAAUCACAUUUAGGUAUUUGUAAUGUACAUGUAGAUGAAAUGGAGAAGGAAGAAACCAUGUCUACGUACAAUCCUAGAAAGACACAUGACAAGGAGAAAUGUGGCACUGAAAAUAUAACAUCCGUGGAAGAAUCCUCACAGGUCAUUACAGAAUAUCAAAAAGCAACUUCAAAACUGGAUUUACAGUUGGGAAUGUUACCAACAGACAAAACGGUAUUUUCAGAAAACAGAGAUCAUAGGCAAGUUCAAGAAUUAUCAAAGAAAACAGACUUGGAUGCCACCGUGCAUUCUGCUUUUAACUCAGACACCAAUAGAGCUCCUUGGAAGAGCUCUCCUUUUUCCAAACAUACUGAAAUUUUGGUGUCAACUAAUGAGCAGGCAAUUGCUAUAGAUAAUGCAAUUACUACCAUGGCUAGCCAACCUAUUUCUACAAAAUCAGAAAGUAUUUGUAAUUCAACAAGAGAAAUCCAGGGUAUUGAGAAGCACCCUUAUCCUGAGUCUAAACCUGAAGAGGUUUCCAAAAGUUCAGGAAUGGUGACGUCAGGUAGUAGAAAAGGAAGAUGCAUAGGCCAGAUUUUCCAAUCAGAAGAGUGUAGUGUGGAAAAAUCUCUAGGGCCAAUGAUUUUAAUCAGCGAACCUCUUGAGAAUAUGGAAGAAGCAAGGCGUGAAAAUAAAGGAUUAGUAAGCUCUGGGCAAUCACUAUGCUCUUCAAGUGAAAAAGAAUCUGAGAGCUCUGCUUCUACUAGUCUUCCUAUUGAGGAAAGUCAAGCUCAAAGCAACGAAUCUUUGUUUUCAAAAUAUACCAAUUCUAAAAUACCUUAUUUCCUUUUGUUUCUGAUAUUUAUUGUAACUAUCUACCACUAUGACUUAAUGAUUGGCUUGGCAUUCUACCUUUUGUCAUUGUCCUGGCUAUCCUGGGAAGAGGGUAGACAAAAAGAGUCUGUCAAGAAGAAGUAACCCCAGCACUACUAUUCUCUCUUAAAAGAUAAGCUAUUUAACCCCAAACAUUUGGAUUGGUGAAUGGGACUAUUCAUUGUUCAAAGAUCCAGUGCAGUUUUUCUCUUGAAGGAUCAUUUAAAAAGGAACGCGAAUAAGUUUGCUCCUUCAUAUAAGUAAUUAUUCUAUAUAGGACCAUUAUGUUUGGAUCAUUAAAUACCUAUAUGAAUAUGAGAUCUGAAGCACGUCAAGUUGAAAUUAGGUACAGCUGUUGCUCCUUAGCAGGCUAUGAAGUUGCAAUGCUUCAUAUCUCUUCGCUACUUAAAGUGCUAUUUCUUAUAUUCAUUUCUCUCGCAAUAAAGCUUCAUUUUUUUCCCUGAGAGUAUAUAGUUUCCCCUACGGUUUUAAAAAACAGAUAAAACAUGGACAAUGGCAGAGGACUUUUUUGAUCUUUUAGUAUUGAACAUGAAAUUUGUAUUUAACACUGUAUCAUUUAUCAGGAUUCAUUGAUCAAAUAUUUCAACCUUUCAUAUUUUUAAGAAAAUACCCAUAUACAUUGAAAUGUAAACUUAAACAUAUUCUGUUCACUUGAGUGUGACACUGGAUGUGCGUGCGUACACACACACACACAUAUGUAUCUUAUACCUUCUUUAUAACUACAAAGUCAGGGCGUUCAUAAGCAAAAUCUGAUAAGACUGAAACAAUUGGGAGAUUAUCUUUCAAUUCUGCGAAAUUUUGUGAGUGGCCUGUCUUUAAGCAAUGCUUUUCUCCUGUGAGGGAAGACUGUAACACAGCUGAACUAUUUCAAUGUCAACUAUUCAGAAUUGAAACUGUAUAUUAAAAGUUCCACAAGCAUUGCUUCAGAAUGAAUUUGCACCUAUAAAGCAUAAGGCAUUAAAUGACAAUAAAAAUUCCAAGUG